UCAGAGAUUGUCUUACAAGUGUUUGCUUCUUGCUUCAACCGGAUGCCAUGACUGAAGCAUCGGCAUCCGGGCCAGAGACACUCGAAGACCCUGAACGCCUGUGGAUCUGGGAAAGGCAUGUGUACUUGGAUGAGCAUAAACGAAGCUGGCUGCCCGUAAUCCUCAAGACUGAUGAAAAAUUGCAGGUGAUCAUGCGCCAGCAAGACGUCUCCUUGGGGUCUCCUAUGACCCCCGAACAGCUGACGGCAUAUGAGCUACCUUUACUGUGGCAACUAUACCCAGGGAAAAGGUACCGAGGCAGUGACUCCACGUUCUGGCAGAUACUGUACCACGUCAAGUUCAGAGGCGUAGAGGACAUGUUACUUGAACUGUUGGAGUCCGAAGAAUAUCCAUGACACGGUAUAAGAUGUGAGGCCCAACCUUAGGAGCCAACUCACCAGCCACCCAGCAGCCCCACUGCCGGCUCCCUCUCUGUGCCUCUUUCCCCAGGUCCUGCAGUUCCUGUCUCCCUUGCCUACCCCAGGCCCGUGGGAGAGAUGUUUGUACUUUUAUCCACUUUGCUAGUCACCUUCUUUCUCUUCCACACUGGGCCCCAGGAAGAAAAGCUAGCCAGAAGACACCUCACCCUAUCUGCCC